AUAUGUUGUAUUUUCAUACACGAACAUAUAUAUGCAGAUAAUUUGUCAUUAGACGUGACUGUUUGAAGUAUGAGUUCAACAUUAAUUCAUUUAAUUACUCAUUAUUAUGCAACAGUUGGAAGAUUUCUCUAUUUUCGAUGAAACAGUGCAAAGGUUAUAUUAUCAUCAAUAAUAACAAUGAUAAGCUUAUCUUAAAUGGUAGCUGAAAAUAUUACCCAACUAUGUUUUUUGCUAUCAAUAUCCACAGUUUCAUUUUGGUUCCCAAAGAAAUUAGAACAAGUAAAAACUGUACAUGACAUUCCUAUUAUGUAUUAAAGAAACACCAGUGAAUAAUUGCAUUUAUAUGUUACUCAUAUUAAUAAUUAUCAAGCUAAGUAAAUGUACUUAUAUUUUUAAUAAUGGGAGCCACAGCUAAUUCAACAUAUUUGGGAUUUGACCUAAGCACGCAGCAGUUGAAGGCAGUGGUAGUAGAUAAUGAUCUGAACAUCCUUCAUCAAACCAGCGUUCAGUUUGAUAAUGAUCUUCCAGAAUUUAGGACGUAUGGAGGAGUUAUUCAAAAGAAAAGCGAACCACACGUGGUGGUAGUUCCUACUUUAAUGUGGGUCAAAGCGGUAGAUAUGAUAUUAGACAAGUUAAGAGUCUGCGGAGUGGACUUCAGUAAAGUAGCUGCGAUCUCUGGCUGCGCACAACAGCAUGGAACUGUUUAUUGGAACAGAGGGAGCCGAAAUCAAUUGAAACAGUUAGAUCCAACUAAAUUUUUACACGAACAACUAGCAACAUCGUUUUCUAUUCCGCACUCACCGAUUUGGAUGGAUUCCAGCACUACUAAAGAAUGUAGAAUAUUGGAGGAGAUAGUUGGAGGUCCGGAAAAAUUGGCAGAAAUAACCGGCUCUAGAGCGUACGAACGUUUCUCUGGUCCUCAGAUAGCUAAAAUAGCCAGAACCAAGUCUGAAGCUUAUAACAAUACCCAAAGAAUCUCGCUAGUUAGUAGUUUCCUGGCUUCUAUAUUUUUAGGCGAUUUCGCUCCCAUUGAUUUUUCGGAUGGUUCAGGGAUGAAUUUGUUAGAUAUCAAUAAGAAAGAUUGGGACGACGUUCUGUUAGAGGCUUGUGCAUCGAAUUUAAGAGAGAAACUGGAGAAACCAGUUUCCACUUGCACGAAUAUCGGACCUAUUUCCUCCUAUUUCGUGGAACGAUUUGGAUUCGAUGAUAAUUGUAGGAUAACAGCGUUUACUGGAGACAAUUCUGGGUCUUUAAUCGGAAUGAGAUUGAAACAAGGAGACAUCGCCUGCAGCCUUGGGACAAGCGAUUCAUUAUUUUUGUGCUUAAAUAAACCGAAAACUGCGUUGGAUGGACACAUUUUUUGCAAUCCAUUGGACGAUGAAUCUUAUAUGGCGUUAUUGUGCUUUAAAAAUGGUUCCCUGACCAGGGAAAGAAUUCGCGACAGUUCGGCCGAAGGUUCUUGGAAAAUUUUUAACGAACUAUUAGAAAGUACCCCGCGGGGAAAUUUUGGGAACUUGGCCUUGUACUUCGACUACCAGGAAAUUUUACCAUUUUUAAUUGGCGAUUUUAGGUUUAAUAAGGCUAAUGAAGAAAUAUCUAGGUAUAGUUCAAAAGAAGUUGAAGUUAGAGCUUUGAUCGAGGGCCAGUUCGUAGCCAGAAGGGCGUACGCAGAGGAUUUUGGAUUCGUCAUCGGACCAAAUACUAAAAUAAUCGCUACCGGAGGUGCCUCGACAAAUAAAUCGAUAUUACAAGUACUUGCAGAUGUCUUCAAUUCUCCGGUCUAUAUAUCGGAAAUUGCCAAUUCGGCCAUGCUCGGUGCGGCUUGUCUUGCAAAAUAUGUUCUGUUGAAGAACCAGAGUGAUUUUAACGAAGUAACUAAUUGUUUAACUCAACCCAAAUUAAUAUGCAAACCGUAUGACGAUGCUGACUCUAUCUACAAAUCGAUGGUCGCACGUUACAGAAAGAUUAUUGAAAAAGUGAAAAACAAGAAAUGAAAGUACAAAGUCAAGCAUAAUUAUGGGUAUGAUAUAUGGGUUGAUGUACUACAAAGAGGGCCUUUUCACUUAGCAUACAAUUCUUAAUAUUUUAUUUAAUAUAAUUUAUUUUAUAUUUUAAACAAAGGGUCUUUUCCGAAGCUUUAUUACUGUUACAACUGGUAUCAUUACUUGUAUUUCAUAUUUAAUUCGUUGCAUUUAUAGAGAAUCUACGUGACUAAAUUUAAUCGCUUUUAUACAGAAAAUGUACAUGAUCAGAGAGCUAUUUAAAUACGAAAUAUAAUAACUGUAUUUUGGUA